AUGUCGCCCCCGCGAUUCCUCGGCGCGCCCUCCCUCCCUCCCGCUCCCGCCGCCGAGCCCGCGCCCGCGCCCGCCGCCGAGCCGACCACGGGCGUCUUCAUCGGCAACCUCCCGGCGGCGGCAACGGCCGAGCUGCUGACAGAGCUCCUCGUGCAGGCAGGACCGCUCGUGGGCGAGGCGCGGCUGCCCAAGGACCUCUCCGGCGAGGGGCACCGCGGCAUCGGGUUCGCCGACUACGCGGACGAGGCGUCGGCCCUCUACGCGAUCGCGCUCUUCGACGGCCUACGCUUCGGAGACCGGGCGUUGCGCGUCAACCCGUCGGGCGAACGGCCGCAGCGAGGAGCGGCGCCCAAGCCUCCCCACCCGGUGCUGGCGGCGCUGCGAGACCUCGCGUGCCACCCCGCCGCGUGGAACGGCGACCACCCGCGCGAGGGCAUGUCCAUGACGCCAGAGGGGAGCUGGCACCGCUCCGAGGUGACUGCUGGGCGGUACGACAGCGGGCGGCGCGAGAGCCACGAGGAGCGACACGCGGAGCGCCCCGCCGACCGCUACGGCGGCGGCGGCAGGCACGACGGCCGUCCCGCGCGCGAGGCCGACCUCGAGCGAGACUACGAGAGCCGGCGCCGCGGUCGCUACGACGACCGUCACUCGGACCGCCACGCGGAACUCUACGGCGGCCGCUUCGAGUACGACCGGGAGCGCGGCGGCGAGGGCCGCCGCCGAUCCCAGUCGCGCGACCGAGACCGCCGCCGCCGCUCGCGCUCGCGCGGCCGCUCGGACUCACCCCGCUCGCCGCGCCGCCCGCGCCGCGCGUUCCGUGAGUGA